AGCUCCACCCGCUCGCGCCUCCACUCAGGGCUGCGUCUGUCUGCACGAGGACCUAGCGCGGGAGCGAGGACACUAAAACAGAGCUAGAAGACAGCAAGGGAGCGAGAGAGAGAGAGAGCGAGAGAGAGAGAGAGAGAGAGAGAGAGAGAGAGAGAGUGAGAGAGAGAGAGAGAGAGAGGGGAGGAAAAGGAAGGCGCGCGCGGAGGAAGCAGCCAGUGCCACGGGAGGAGGACCGCGAGAGGACCGAUAUGAGAUUCAUCAUCCAGGCGAUCUCCCUGCUGCUCCUCUGUCCGGGUCCGAGCUCCAGCGCGAGACAAGGCUAUGAGGGGCUGCAGAAGAAGCUGAAGGAGGUGUUCAGUGAACGGAGCGGCAUCCUGCAGCAGCUCUCGAAGACAUCAAAGGAGCUCGACAGCAUAAAAGGCAACCUGCAGGUCCUGAAAGGCGAGGACCCGGUGGCCAAGCAGGCGAUCCAGCGUGUUCUGGAGCUCAGCAGCAAGCAGCGGAAGGAGAUGAAGAGCCUCCAGGCCGCGCUGCAGAAGCAGCUGGAGGAGGCGCGGGAGCGGGAGGAGAAGCAGCAGGCCACGAUCAAGUACCUCAAGACCGAGAUGGAGAAAAAGACCAAAGUCAUUAAAGAUCUCCAGCAAGAGAACAAGAGCCUGAAAAACAAACUUCUGUCAGGCAACAAGCUGUGUGACGUCCAUACGGAGGAGUCCAAAAAAAUCCAGGCUCAACUGAAGGAACUCCGGUACGGGAAAAAGGAUUUAAUUUUUAAGGGGCAGCAGCUCAUGGAUCUGGAGCACAGGUUAACAAUAGCCAAGGAGCAGCUGGAGAAGACCGCGCUGGACAAGGAGUCUCAGCUCAAGGCCCUGAAGGACACGGUCCACAUCUGCUUCUCGGCCGUCCUGCAGAACCAGCACAACGGCGGCAGCCAUCGUUUCCCUGCCAGCUCGGCCCAGCUGUUCAGAUACUCUCCGCUCAUCAACAGCUCCAGAGUCACCUACCAGCAGCCCCACGCCAAGGAUAUCUCCAAAGUGCGGAGGCUGGUGAAGCCCAGCCAGGCGCCCGGGGACACGGGCGUAACGAGGAGAGAGAACGGCAGCCUCCCGGCCUGCCAGAUGGAGAAGACGGGCCGCGACGGUUUCCCAAAUCAAACCAAGGAGGCGAUCCUGGAGAGCAGGACGCUGCCUGAGAGUCAUCAGCAGAGGAGCCCGACGCAGAUUGGACACAUAACCACGGCUCUCCCAGACGACAGGAAGGAGGUAGAUGAGGACGGCACCAAAAAAGACACAGCAACAUGAAUCCCCCCCCACCACAACCACAGACCACUGAGUGGACAGCUUGUCCAUGGAAAUCCGAACCCUAGCAUUAUCUGGAAGAUGUUUAAAGAGCACACGCUUAAGCACGCACACACAACGCACACACAGACAUGGAGAAACAUGACAUGAGUGCACACAAACCUGCAUAUACAUACCUUGUUUGCGACCGCAGGGACACUAAAACUGUCCAUGAUUUGAUCAAGCCCUUUGUUUUGACCACCUGUUUGGAAACCCCAUAGUAAACGGCAUGCAUUCUAGAGUUCUUUUGAGGUAGUAAUGGCACUGGUAACGUUCAUGAUUGUUCAUCUGUUGUUUACUAAAUAGAUUUUAGUUGUGUUUUGUUUUGAGCGAGGACACUGCUUUCUUAAUGUGUGAACUUUCUAGUAAAAUCCCUUUGCACUGGUGAGGUCUGACACUGUAUAUUGUGGUAAGAACACAAUUUUACAAAAAAAUACAAAAAAUACAAAAAAAGUAUUAAUACUUAACUUUGACUAUCAUUUGUCAUUCAUUGUAGCAAGGUUAAUUUACUCCACAUUUUUGAAAUAUAUAGCCUCAAGUUGGCUGGCCAACUGUUGAACAUUUAAUAUUUCAGAGCUCUCUAUGCCUUUAACACACGGGGGCUAGGGGCCGAGACUCACACUGAGUCGUUUCCAUGAGAACGUGCCAUGCACUGAGUAGUUAUUCCUAGCUACAUUUAUCUGUGUUAUCUGACCUUUCUGUGCCCUUUCAAUAAACCGUAAUUUUCAGUAAAUGUGUGAUGAAUAAAUGGUUAUUUGUUGGAAAUAAA